AUGAUUCUGUGGGCGAGGAAGACAGUGACAGUGGCAGCUGGGCACAGUUCAUCAUCACUAGUGAUGUUGAUCAUAGUAUUUUUGGGAUUUUUCUUUGCGACGUACAAUAUAGUCUCCACGAUGAUGCGGCAUAGAACACACGACCAGUCUCUAAUUGAUCACGACCCUGUCGUCGAAAUGCCUCGAGAUAUGUGGAAACCGAAGCAUCCCAAGACUCCAUUUCAUGUCGCCAUGACUGCAACGGACGCCAUUUACAAUUAG